GUUGCACACGGUGUGAGUGUAUCGAAAUGUGUGCGUUGUGUGGUUUUGCCAAUGGUUGUGUGUUUUGUGUAUGGAUUGUAGCGAACGUUGUGAAGCAAGUCAAGGAUUUGUCAUAUGUCAUUUUACAAACGAAAGAGAAAAAAGUCAGCAGCAAAUACAAACGAGAGAAAGAUUGAUUUUGUGUGCUCGUUCAAAAUCGAAAUUCGAUCAUCAUCGAAUUCAUAUUAUUACGUUUAGUUUUCGUUUUUCUGUUGUAGUUAAGUUCAAGUUUUUUUUUCUUUUUUCGUUUGUUUGAUUGUUAACAUUGUGCGAAUCGAGCUUUCUAAAGAGAACGAAUGAAAACACACAAAAAAUGAAUGAAAAUUACGAGGUAAGCUCGGUGUAAAGACCAUUGUAAAGUGACAGAGUGCAAAUACACUAAAAAAAAAGAAUCGACGUCGACGUCGUCGUCGGUGAAUAAAAAGUAUCAAGACGGACAAAAACAAGCAAACGAAAUUAAAACCACACAAAUUAAUCUUCAAGCAGCAACAGUAAUAAUUAAUAAUAAAAAAAAUUGGCGUCUAGAUUUCCAAGAAAUAUCGUGCAAUAUUUUAAAGUGCUUUGUAAAAGAAACAACUGAGCGUUUUAUUGCGGUUUUUUUUUCGAAUUUGGCCAUCAAAUAUUAAAGUGUGAACAAUUCCAAAGUGUUUGUUGGAAUAAAGUUCAAUUGAAUGGCAGUGCAAACAAAACAUACCGAGCGUCCGACAGUUGUACAUUGAAAUUAAGUGUGCAAUUAUUUUAAAAUAAAAAUGCGUUGCAUAAAUCAAUCGUCUUAACCAGAUCAAUUGCGCACUAUGCUCGCUUCCAAUUAAAACGUCGAUAAAUUUCUUCGAUUUUAUUUAUUUUCUGCUUAUUCACUUGUCUCUCGCUGUUGCUGUUGCGGAGAUACUUACUGAAACAUUGGAGAUAUAUAGAGAGAACGAGGCGAAGAGUGCAGACUUGGAAUUAUUGCUAAGUGUGAGAAUAAAUAAGAAAAAUGUGGUACAAAAUGCUAAAUUACGAUGUGAACGUCAUUUGAACGGUCAAUCGAUUCGGAAAUUGAGAAGAAGUUUUAGUAGAAAUCACAAUUCCGACAAAAGGCGAAUGAAACAGUGACACCACAUUAGGAUCACCCCAAUAAAGUUCGAAAAUAGUUAUAGAAGACAACAACAAAUUGAGCUCAAACAUAAAAACGUCAGUUUUUUGUUUCCAUUAUUUGCUGGCAUUGAGAGAAACCAGAAGCAAAAAGUGGAAACGGCAUCAUAGAGUGGUGACGGAAUAAAUAAAUAAGCGAAAUCGAAUCAUCAUCGAAGACGUGUCUAUUAUUAAAUUUGAUUACGUAAAGUAAAACGAGACAGCGGGCGAGUGAAGGAGAACGAGAGACAGAGAGACCGAGAGAGAUACAUAACAACAACAAACGGCAACGGCGAUGGGAAGUGUUUGGAAACGAUUGCAGCGUGUUAAUAAACGAGCGGCAAAAUUUCAAUUUACAGCUUCUUAUCAUGAGUUGAGAGUUGAGACCACCGCCAAAUGGCGACCAACGAAUUUGUCGAUUGUAUGGACGAGACGAUCGAGACGUGUUGCAUCGACACCAUUACCAUGGGAACCGGACAUGGUCAAUCCACUUGUGGGCCAUAUUUCAUGGGCCGUGCCCGACAAUCACACAAUCUCAGUCACCCUAUUCAAAGAUCCACGAACACACGAGCUCGAAGAUAAAGAUUGGACUUUCGUUAUCGAAGAUGUAUCACAAAUGGGUAAAAAACGUGUACUGGCAUCGGCAAGUAUUAAUAUGCGAAAAUAUGCUAGCGUGGAUCCAACACAGCAAUCAUUUACCUUGAGCCUAAAGCCAGUUUCACGGAAAAUUAGCUCGGCCGAAUUAGAGCUUACGCUGAGCUGCGUUUUUCUACGUGAAGGAAAAGCGACUGACGAGGAUAUGCAGAGCAUAGUUUCGUUGAUGUCGGUGAAUAAUAAUUCGGAUAUUGCUCCAUUGGAUGAUCUUGAGGAUAUUCCCGAUUUGGAAAGUUAUGGCGAUAUAUCGGAGCAUGUGCUCGAUUUUACGGCCCAACUGGAACAACUCACCAAUAGCCUAACCAAUUCAGAGCUUGCAACCCCAAUGAGUGUUCCCUCGUUGGCGGAGGAUCCAACGCCAUUGGCUGAAAAGCAAAAUUAUCCCGAUUUCGAGGAAGAUCAUCUGCCGCCUUGCCUUGCAACACCAACACCAAUCGUUGAGAAACCAACCAUCGAAACAUCGUCGGAAAUACGAUUCAAUUCAUCGCGAAGUUUAUUAGUUGAUCGAACGAAAAUCAAGGACACAUUACCAGUUGAAACGAAAGCUGCCGAACUGAAACCAGCCACUGAUGACAUAACCGAUGCAAAUAAAUCGAAAGAUAUUAAAGAAAUUAGAACGAGCGAAACAGUGGUGUCCGUGCAAAAAGAUGAAAUUGAAGAAGUGAUUAAAUCGAUUGUGACACCCACGGUGACACCGGCCAUAAAUCGAUCGAGUGUCAUCGAAUCGACUGGUAGUACGCUCGAAACUCAGAACAAUGUAAAAAAUAUGGAAAAAUCGAAUUUGGUGGAACGAGAAAAAUGCGUGUCAUCAGUCAUUCCACCAUCAGCUACUACUACGACCAAUCAACUACCAAAUGUUUUUCCACCAUCGAUUAGAACAUCGGAAGACCAAGAACGAAGCCGAAUGGAGUUGCAGCCAUUGAAUUUGAAGAAAAACUACGACAAUUCAAAAGUGCUGAACAAAAAUGCAUUGAAAGAUCGUACACCCGGCCAAGAUCUACUCGAAUGGUGCAAGGAUGUCACGAAGAACUAUAGCGGAAUCAAAGUUACCAAUCUCACGACGAGCUGGCGAAAUGGGAUGGCUUUCUGUGCAAUAAUUCAUAAUUUUCAACCAGAUUUAAUUGACAUGAAAUCUCUGUCGCCACAUGAUGUCGUCGGAAAUUGUCGCAUUGCAUUUGAUGCCGCUGAAUGUUUGGGCAUACCGCGACUCAUUGAACCCAGCGAUAUGAGUUUAUUGGCGGUGCCCGAUAAAUUGGCCGUUAUGACAUAUUUGUAUCAAUUGCGCGCUCAUUUCACCGGCCAUCAACUACAAAUCGAACAAAUUGGCAACACCUCCGACGAAUCUAGCUAUAUUAUUGGCAAUUACAAAUCCGAUAAUUUACCAUCACAAAAUAUUUUAUCAUUAGACCACCUGAAAAGGCAAUUGACACAACAGCAUUCACUCGAAGACGAUGUUGAUCGCUGUGAUGAAAAAUCACCCAUCGACAAAAAAGAUGUGAAAAAUCUCAUUUUAACCGGGUCAAAGCAUUUGCUUGGCAAAGUGCUAUCACCCGUUAAAGACAAACAAUUGCCCAUAAAUAAUAAUAAAAUCCAAACGAAUGGAUCACAGUCGAGCAAUACGUCAAACAUUAAUACUCCGGCUGGUAAAGAGAAUAUGAUUCUGAUGACACGACGUGAGCUCAACGAUCCAUUCGGUUCGGACGACGAAGAUGAACAAGAAUCAGGUUCACAAAUCCAAAAGACUACAAGUAACGACGCUGAAAGCCAAAGAAACAAUAGCAAUGUAAAUAAAGCUGAAUCACCCAUAUCCAAUCUGGAUCCAGCUACGGCAAAUAAACUACUCUCACGGCACAAGGAAAUGAGUGAAAAAGCCAAGGCAAUGAUGGAGCGCCUAAAGAAUAAUACGGCCGCAAUGGAAAAUGGCAAAUCAGAUCCAGAUGAUGAUCGUCAAGCAAGACUAUUGAACAAUGCUCGUCGCCUGAUUGCCGAGACACGUGCUCGAUCAAUAAAUCUCGAUUCGCCAACGUCACCGGUCAAAUCGAUAACGCAUCGCAUUACAUUGUCACCCGAACGAACAAUAUCGCCAAUCAAUAAUGCGGAUGGUUUCAAUUUUACGUCAAACAAAUCGAGUAACAGCAAAGAGAAUUCGCCCAGCAAAUCGAAGAACAAUCAUAGUUCAUCGCCACGUAUCACACCACCCAGAGAUGUUGAAAAUAAUCACAGCAAUAGUCCAAAUCAAAACAUCGUGUUCAGCGAAAGGAAUGGCAACUCACCAACGCUGCAAAGUUUCAAUUCCGUUUUGGAAAGUCUAACGCCACAACAUGACAAGAAGAUUUCGUACAUCGAGAGCGAACUAGAGGCUUUGGAACGUGAGCAAGAAGCAAUCGAUUUGAAAGCCCGAGCAUGUGAAAAGAAACUACGACUUGUGAUGAAUGGAACGUCAACAAACGAAGAAGAAACGGAAGAACAAUUGCUGUCUCAGUGGUUCACUCUAGUCAAUAAGAAAAAUGCUUUAUUGAGACGUCAAAUGCAAUUGAACAUUUUGGAACAAGAAAGUGAUUUAGAAACGAAAUAUGCUCUGUUGAAUCGUGAAUUGCGGGCGGCGUUAUCGGUUGAAGAUUGGCGAAAAUCGCAGGCACAACGAGAUCGUGAAGCACUCUUACUGGCCGAACUGGUGACCAUUGUUGAUAAGCGAAACGAGCUUGUGCAGCAUCUUCAUAGCCAAGAGCAGGCCAUCGAGGAUGACGAUAAAAUCGAACGUGAUUUAGAGAAUGUCGACAUAACGGCAAAGGAUAAAUGUGUGAUUCAGUAAAAAAGUUUAAAAAUCCACACACAUAAAAGUGUUGAAAUUAAAAUCAAGCUGUGAAUUUAAAUUAUUAGCAAAAACUGCAAAAGCAAAUUACAUUUCAUAAUAAACACACACGACUUUUGAUGAAGAAAAAAAAACAGCGAACAAAAAGAUCAAUGAAACACGUCCGUAGCAAUUAAGAAAGGGUCAACUUUCGCGGCAUGUCGAAUGGCAAUAAAAAAAAAGUGUUGUUUUUAGUUCGAAUUUGGAUUCAAAACCCAAAACGUUAACCUUUCGUUCAUUUGCAAUACAUUUUAUUGUUCAAUGUUUUAUGUUUGAAAAAAAUUCAUACUUUUUCCACACACUGAAUCAACAGUCACAUUUAAAAAAAACAGUCACAUUUCAAAUUUUACUUCCCACAAUUUAGACAUUCCAUCUAUUCUACAACAAAAGAAACAAUAACCGAAAUUAUAUAUCUUAUUUAAGGCAGAAACAUUUAUUUAUUUUGAAAAUGAGAUUAAAUUUAAAGCGAAGAAAAAAAAAUGAAGAAUUGCUCCUCAAUGUCCA